AUGAGCAGCACAAACGCCUCUAAUGCCAGUCUGUAUUUUAUAUCAGAAUUACCGAGGACUGCCCAGAUUCAUCAUCGACAUCCCAUUGUCAAGCUAGAGGCUUCUUCUUCCCCCGAUUUGCCUCCGGACGCUCCUACCCAGCUAUUACAUCUCCAAUAUCUCGCCUCUCACCUCGAUCAAUUCCCCCUUGACUCCCAUUCUUCCUCCGCAGGCCCCUCAGAGCCCGCAACCCCAGUCAGCUCAUACAACGCGUCUGCGCCCCCGCUCUUUCGCUUUGGCCAAAAGCCUGGCCACAAUUAUAUGUCAACUCAGUCCUGGCCUUCCUCCUCGAUUGGUUCUCCUGAUCUCUCUGCAGGGCCAAGCGACACGAUAUACAGAACAAAGCUUGACCUCGGCGCUAUGCAUCACCACCAUAGCACCGUUGCCUUUGAUGAGUAUGAUGAUGAUGUCUCUGAGCUCGUCGACAUGGCAGGCGCGUCAACGAGCCAUGGGGGCUCGGCGCAUGACAAAUCCGUCAGACGUCGAAGCAGCAAAGCUUGUGACCAAUGCCGCAAAUCAAAGUGUAAAUGUGAACGGACUUCACCCAACGAGCCUUGUCGUUCGUGUGUCACUCUUGGAACCCCAUGUACCUUUUUGGGACCUUCUCGAAAACGCGGACCGCCCAAAGGGUAUAUCGAUGCCAUAGAGGCGCGUCUCCACCAAACGGAAGCCCUCCUUGGUAUUGUCUUGUCUUCGAGCGACGAGCGGGCACAGACCCUGCUACACGAUCUAUCACAGGAUCCUCUCGCUAAGGAAAUAAUUAAGCGAGUUGAUAAUUCGUCCUACGGCUGUCAGGGUCGCAAGCGAGGGGACAGUACAGGUGGCACCAAGCGUCAUCCUGCUUCCAGCUCUGAUUCGGCGCAUGCACAAACGUCCGGAAAAUAUACGGCAGACAAAAUCGACCUCCAAUCUACACAUCCGUCCAAUGAGUGGCAGGAUCACGUUUUGUCUAUUCUCCGUUCCGCUUCCAUGAUGCGGGGUACUCUCAUACAAGGUGACCCUGAAACCCAAAUCUCGCCGACAGAAGGCCGCGCGCAUCGAGACGUUUCCUCCGCCUCACGUCCCGCUCCCCCUACACUCCGUGUCGCUCUACCUACCGAUGAUCACAGCGACGAUGAACGAGAUCAACCCAUUCGUAGGCAGAGGCGACGCGUGGACACCGGCGAUGCUGACUCUUAUGCUUACGCCGCCGUAUCUUCCAGGGACUCCGCAUCACCCAUCUUUUUAUCUAAGCUGCCUCACGGUUCGGGAAGCUUGGGAAGGGGAUCAAGUCCCUCAUACCGACAUCAUCGCGAUAACAGAGACAAUGGCGACGGGAGACGACAAUACAGGCAGACCCCCAGCUCAAUGGAUUCAGCCAGUUCAGGUUCAGAAGACGAACUUCCUGAAGCUGUCGGUCAGCUGAGCCUGAACGAAGACGAACAAGUUCGCUAUCACGGGAAGGCGAGCGGCCUGUAUCUCCUAGGCACUACGGAACGAAAUGAUGGAAGGAAUGCCGCUGGAAUAUGGCGAUUUCCGAAAGCAAGGGUAUGGCCCCCUCUACCGGAUGCCCAUAACUCUGGGGCCCUGCAAUCGCAGGAGGACUUUCGCUCCACUCUCCCCGCGGUUGAGGAUCAAGAACAUCUCAUCGAGCUCUAUUUCACGUAUGUACACCCCUCCUUCCCAAUUAUUCACAAGAAGUCGUUCCUUGAAACUUACAAAACGGGAAUGGUCGGACCGGAAGAAACCCAUUCUCCCCCGCCGGAUCCCCAUGCGGCCUCUACCUCUACUUCGUCACCCACACCUCCGUACACAAGUCGUCGGCAACGGCGCGUGCCCGUGCUGCUUCUUCUUACCAUUCUCUCUGUCGCCUCGCGCUUCCAAACGACUGCCAACAGCAAACCACCCUAUCCCUCCGAUGGCUCAACUAUGUGGGCAGCUGGAGACGAGUACUUGGAUCAAGCAAAAUUGCUCCUAGAUAGGUGCUAUUCAAGCUCAAAGCCUGCAACAUGCCAGGCGCUGCUGUUGAUGGGCUAUCGUGAGAUUGGCAUUGGUGCCAUGGCUGAGGCGUGGACGUACACUGGUAUGGCCAUCCGCAUGGCGCAGGAUUUGGGACUUCAUCGUAGUGCUGAUGGCUGGGCGCGUGCGGAACUGGGAGGCCGCCUCUUCACUGACACUGAGCUUCAGGAAAGGAAGCGAAUCUGGUACGGUUGUGUCGUCAUGGACAAAUAUGUCUCGACGUAUAUAGGUCGCCCUCUAGCUAUAAUGGAGAGCGACUUCGAUACAACCUUGCCAGACGACGACGAUAUUGAGGAGCAUGCACUAUGGAAGCCCCACCCCUCUCAGCCAAUUCACGGCACCCCUCUCCCUCCAGUUCCCGGACGUCUCAUGACAUGCUUUAACGCCUCUGCUUCCCUCUCCAACCUUAUAGGCGAUAUCGUUGUGGGAAUCUAUGCUGUCCGACCACUCUCAAGUCGCCAUGGAGCGUUGGCUCGUCUUGAAAGGGAGCUGGACAAAUGGUAUCUUGAUCUUCCCGAACAUCUACGGUGCGACAUCGGGUCCAGCAAGCACCCAGUCCCCACUCCCCAUAUCCUUAACCUUCAUCUUCAAUACUGGUGUACUGUCAUCCUCCUGCACAGGCCUUUUAUUCGCCGCCUCGCCAAAAGCAAGCACAGCCCGAUCGACGAUGCGGGGGAGGCUCGCGUACUGGCUGAGAAGAGCUACGGGUUAUGUUCGGCUGCUGCUAAUCACAUAACAGCGAUAAUCGACGACUACAUCGAGUUUUGGUGUAUCAAACGUGGGGCGGUCUUCCUCUGUUAUUACAUCUUCACUGCCAGCCUCAUGCACAUCACGACUCUCUCGUCGUAUCCACACGACCCCCAGGCUCAGGCGGGGCUCGUCAAAUGCAUGGAUGCUCUUCGGAGGAUGGAAAUCGUGUGGCCGAGUGCUGCCCGAGCCCUUGAACUUCUUCAGGGUUCCAAGCUGAGCCUAGAACAGGACACUCUUGGCCAACUCUCGCAGACCCAUGGCCGUCGAAAACGUGUGGCGGAGUCGUGUUUGGACGACCUUUCGAACCGCAGUCGCGCCGAAACUCAAGAUUACCUGGGACUUAGGUCCUCGUUUGGUUUGCCUGGCAGUCACGCGGUCCUCCCUGGUACCGAUGAUAACGGCACUUCGAUACGAACGCCCUACUUCCCCUCCUACGAGCGCUGGACAUCGGAUACGUCGCAUACGACGAUGCCAUUCACGGGACCUUUGUCUACGUCUGUCUUACCGCAGAUGUAUAGUUCUGGCCUGGCCGAUGAACGAACCGUUACGCCCCAGAGUCGUAGUCAUUCAAGCAGUGACUCCACACACGGACACGGGCAACGGUAUCCACAAUACUGGAACGACUACUCGGCUUUCACGGCCUACAGUAACCUUCCGCAAAGCACUCCCUCCACACAGAGUAGCUCAUCUUCUAUGUAUCUACAUGACCAAUAUGGUAUUUAUGGACAUAACCCUCCUCGUCUUUAA